AUGUAAGAAAAUGAGUUUGCUAUCUCAAUUUGUGUUCCCUCUUUCAAAAAGAAUGAUGAUAUUGUCUAUUAUCAAUUAAUGUAAGUAUUUUAUCAGAUUCUAAAAAAUAGUUUCACCGAAAAUAAUCAAAGAUGCUCCUUCUCAGUUGAUUAUCGUUAUUCCCAUCUUAAACUUUUGCAUUAAUCCUUAUCAACUCUUAAAGCGAGUUUGCCGAAGUUUCCUCCGACUAAUUGGUGGAGAUCCACCAAUAACAAUGAAGAAUUAAUAGAAGAGAGAAGAAUACAGUUAGAUUACUUCUUCAAAAAUCUCUUCUAAUGUUAAGGAAUAUGCAAAAGUUUGAUUAUGAAAAAUUUCAUUCUCAAAUCUCAAUGUUUAUAUCUUAAAAAGGCUGAAAAAGUAUAUAAUAUCUUUUAUAUUACAAGUAAUAACGUGAUAUCAUUAAGAAAGAAGGAAAAGCCUAAGCAGUCCCUCCCUUAAACAAAUAGAAAUCAAAAUCUCAAGUAAAUUCAUUGAAAUAAAUAAAAAGUUGACAACGCCUAUCUGUGGACCUGCUGAAGAUCCAAUAGAGGAUCCUCGUGAAAGAUCCCGCUCUUGGGAAUUCAAAUUAACUAAAAAGAAGACUCAAUAAAUUAUUGAUAAAGAUCCUAAACAAUUAAAUAAUGUAAUUAUUUUUAUUCCUUUUUAUUAGUUAAACUUCGGUGGAGUUCCUAUAUUCAAAGGUAUUCUAUUGAGAUUUAAAUGA